AUGGGUGCAGCCAUUGCCAGAGGCGUACAGGAGAAUAUCAUGGGCUGUGUGAAGCACUUUGCGCUAAACUCGAUGGAAAACGCUCGAUUCAAGGUUGAUGUGCAGGUCGAUGAGGAUGUUCUUCAUGAGGUCUACCUACCGCAAUUUCGCCACAUAGUAGAGCAAGGCAUAGCUUCGGUCAUGUCAGCCUAUAAUUCUGUACGAGGAGAGUUCGCUGGUCAGAACAAGGAGCUUCUUACAGAUAUCCUUCGCACUCGGUGGGGAUUCAAGGGAUUUGUGGUUGAAGACUUCAUUUUCGGUUUUCGAGAUGUAGCCCUCUCGCUCAAAAGUGGGCUCGAUCUUGAAGCACCUUUCCGCCAACAACGUGCAGAGCAUCUCAAAGCCUGCCUCGAGGACGGCAAAGUUCACGAGAAAGAUGUCAACCGGGCCGCUCACGCUAUACUGCGGAGCCUAAUCAACAAUGAAGUCCUCCGAGGACACAGCAAUCCGGCGAAGGAUGUUGUGUUCUGCAAAGACCAUCGAAACCUGGCUCGGGAGUCGGCAGCCAAGUCCAUGGUGUUGUUAAAGAACGAUUCAAUCAAUGGCAAACCUAUCUUACCGUUGCCGGCAGACCUAGCCUCUGUGGCUUUGGUUGGUUGGCGCGCUGACUCCACGAACACUGGAGACAAGGGGUCCUCCAACGUCCGCUGUCCUGAAGUCAUCACGCCUUACCAAGGCAUCAAGGAGGCAUUUCCGCAAGCAAAGAUCAUAAUUGAGAGCUCAAAUGAGAUUUCUGACGUCACGAAUGCCGCCGCUUCUGCUGAUGUUGUACUUGUGGUUGUGGGAUACGACUUUCGCGACGAGGUUGAAUACACCGCGCCGGCUUUCAAUGCAACCCCAGGCCUGAGCCAUGUUAUUCCUCCAGACGAUGGCUCAGAAGAAGCCAAGUCCGUGAUCUCAAGGCUGGUGAAGCCAAUGCCAAAGCAGGAGGAUCGCGGCAAAGACAAUUACGGAUUUGGCACAGGUGGCGACCGAAGAAGUUUGAGACUGCGGCCCAAGGACGUUGAGGUUAUAAAAGCAGCAGUGAAGGCUAACCCGCGGACCAUUGUUUCAAUUGUUGCCGGUGGAACCGUCAUAAUCGAUGAGUGGGACCAUUUACCAGCAGCCAUUCUCUUUAGUUGGUAUUCUGGAUGCGAGGGCGGUCGUGCGCUGCCCGAUCUCCUCCUUGGUAAUGUGAACUUCAGCGGCCGACUUCCAUUUUCCAUUCCCAAGAGUGAAGAUCAUCUACCAGCAUUUGACAAUGACGCAGAAUCAGUCAAGUACGAUCGGUGGUUUGGACAACGGCUUCUUGACCGCCUACAAGUUGAAGCUGCGUACCCUUUCGGCUUCGGGCUAUCAUAUACAACUUUUUCACUCACCAACUUGGAAACCCACAGAGUAGAAGCAGACAGUGAACAGUUUCUGGUGCGAUUUGAAGUUGCCAACACCGGGGAAAGAGCCGGCAGGUUCAUAGCCCAGGUGUACGGCGUUGUUGAUGUCCCAGAGUGGCCAAAGCGGAGCUUACUUGGCUACGACGUAAUUGAGCUUCAGCAUGGCGAGAAGAAAUCAGCGGACGUCUUGGUGUCAACAAGGCCUCUGCAAAGAUGGAUGAGCGGCACUUGGAAGACGGUUGCAGAGUCGGUGCAAAUUGAGGUUGGGUCAUUCUCAGGUGACAAGGAUAGCAUCACAUCUUCAUUCAUGUUACGCUAG